GUUCGUCCCUAAACUUGGAACCCGCUCAUUCACAAGUUACUGCAAUUUUUUGGAUUUUCAAGAUUCGACGAAAAUGGAUGCGGCAAUGGGAUUGAUGCGGAGGAUUCCACCCAAGCAUUCGGAGGCCGCUCUAUCAGCACUGUUAAGCCUUUUGCCGCACCACUCCUCGGAUCUUCUCUCUCAAGUUGACCAGCCUCUGCAGGUUUUAUGCGAUCCAGAAAGCGCAAAGGAGUUCAUUUUGUGUGAGUAUAACAGAGAUGCAGACUCAUAUAGAUCUCCCUGGUCGAAUAAAUAUUAUCCCUCAAUAGACGACGGGCCUUAUCCAUCUCCAGAGUUGAGGAAACUUGAGAUUGAGGCAAACGACAUCUUUGCUAUCUAUCGUGACCAGUAUUAUGAAGGUGGCAUUUCGUCAGUGUACAUGUGGGAGGACGAAAAUGAAGGUUUCGUGGCUUGCUUCUUGAUUAAAAAAGAUGGAUCGAGGACUGCUGAUGGUAAAAGAGGAUGCCUGCAAGAAGGAUCAUGGGAUGCAAUACAUGUUAUCGAGGUGGGACCGGAGGAGGAAGAAACUGCUCAUUACUGCCUGACAAGUUCUGUGAUGCUUUCAUUAACUACAAAUGAUGAGUCCUCCGGCACCUUCAAUUUGUCUGGUUCAAUCAGAAGACAGAUGAGUAUGGAUCUCUCAGUUUCCGAUGGCCAUUUAUGUAAUAUGGGAAAAAUGAUAGAAGAAAUGGAGAGCAAGCUUCGAAACUCAUUGGAUCAGGUCUACUUUGGGAAGACAAAGGAAAUGGUCUGUACCUUACGACCGCCUUCUGAAAUCAUAGAAAUGAGACUUCCCGACAUCUGAAUAUAUGGCAUUCUUGAAACUCUGGAUUGGGUGUGUAAUCCUUCCUCUCAUCAUUACUUAUUUUACUUCCUCUGUUGUGUGUAGUUGGGGCGGCGUGGCAUUGGCUGUUGAAUUUUAGGGUAUUACAAACCAUUAUUAUACUUCUUCCGGAACUCUUGCGUCGAUGUUGUUCUUAUGUGAGCGUAUGUAAAAUGUCACCUCUUUCAUUGACGAUAGAAAUGCAUAGAACUAUUCAAAA